CCUUCUCUUUCUCUCUGUGUCGCGGCGGUGGGUUGGAGCCGCUGUCCAAGAUCAGGCACGUUCCCUUUUAAAUUUUUCAGUUUAGAAAAUUUUGCUCCCCAAAUCUGCAGCCCUGUUCACAACCCCUAAUUAAGUGUUUCCAUCUUGGUUCAUCAUUACGCCCGAUUUAUUUAUUAACUAGACCCCCUGUAAGAUGGCGGUGGUGAGUGGGGUGUCGGGGCCGGCGGUUGCCCGGCUUGAGGGCCGAGAAUUCGAAUACCUCAUGAAGAAGCGCUCGGUGACCAUCGGGCGGAACUCAUCACAGGGCUCAGUGGAUGUGAGCAUGGGCCAUUCGAGCUUUAUUUCCCGCCGUCAUUUGGAAAUUUUCACAGCCGGUGAAGAUGGCAGUGGCGGCGGAGAAUUCUACCUGCGGUGCCUGGGCAAAAACGGGGUAUUUGUGGACGGGGUGUUCCAGAGACGGGGGGCUCCUCCCCUGCAGCUCCCACGAGUAUGCACUUUCAGGUUUCCUAGCACAAACAUCAAGAUCACAUUCACAGCACUAUCCAGCGACAAGAAGGAGAGGAGAGAAGCACCAGAGUCCCCUGUGAAGCCGGUGCAGCCCCAGAUCUCGCCUCUGACCAUAAACAUUCCCGAUAACAUUGCUCACCUGAUGAGCCCUCUUCCAUCGCCCACUGGCACCAUAAGCGCUGCCAAUUCCUGCCCCUCAAGUCCGCGGGGCGCGGGAACGUCCGGCUACAGAAUGGGGCGCGUCCUCACGUCCGACCUGCAGCUCAUUGGGGACAACUCCCAAUCUGAGAACGACAAGGAAGCAUCCGGCGGAGACAGCCCUAAGGAUGACUCCAAGCCCCCAUACUCAUAUGCACAGUUAAUAGUACAAGCCAUCACCAUGGCACAGGACAAACAGCUUACCCUAAAUGGAAUAUAUACCCAUAUCACCAAAAACUACCCCUACUAUAGGACAGCGGACAAGGGCUGGCAGAACUCAAUUCGUCACAAUCUUUCUCUGAACCGCUACUUUAUUAAAGUGCCCAGAUCCCAGGAAGAACCGGGCAAGGGCUCUUUCUGGAGGAUAGACCCCGCCUCAGAGAGCAAGCUCAUAGAGCAGGCCUUCAGGAAACGAAGGCCAAGGGGUGUACCCUGCUUUCGAACACCCCUUGGGCCUCUUUCAUCCAGGAGUGCCCCAGCUUCCCCAAAUCACUCCGGGGUGUUGUCUGCUCACUCAAGCGGGGUGCAGACCCCUGACAGCCUGUCUCGAGAGGGCUCCCCUGUGCCCAUGGAACCAGAGGCAGCCUCUGCCCCUGCCUCAGCUCCUGCCCCUGCCCCUGCCCCCGCCCCUGCCACAGCUGUGCAGCCCAAGCUAGCUGUGAUUCAGGAGGCCCGCUUCGCUCAGAGUGCACCCGGUUCCCCUCUGAAUAGCCAGCCAGUUUUAAUUACGGUUCAGCGUCAGCUGCCCCAGACCAUCAAGCCGGUGACGUAUGCAGUGGCCACGCCCGUCACCACUUCCUCUACUCAGCAGCCUGUCAUGCAGACUGUUCAUGUUGUCCACCAAAUCCCGACGGUUUCGGUCACCACUGUGGCUGGGCUGACUGCCGCGAACACCUACACUGUAGCUGGGCAGGCUGUAGUGGCCCAGGCUGCCCUGGUCAACCACCCCAAGGCAGAGCCGCAGGAGAACGGAGAGCACAAGGAAGUCAAAGUGAAAGUGGAACCUGUUCCUGCCAUCACCCAUGCCUCUAUAGGAGCUGCUAGUCGCAUCAUCCAGACCUCUCAAGCGACACCCUUACAGACAGUUACCAUAGUGCAGCAGGCACCCCUGGGUCAGCACCAGCUUCCUAUAAAGGCCAUAACACAAAAUGGCACCCACGUAGUGCCCAUCACCACUGCCAUACAAGGACAGGUUAACACAGCAGUUGCAAGCCCACUACACAUGCUGGCCACCCAUGCCUCUGCCUCUGCCUCUCUCCCUACCAAGAGGCAGAAUGGAGACCAGGCGGAGCAGCCGGAGCUAAAGAGGAUCAAAACGGAGGAAGGGGAGGGCAUAGUGAUGGCGGUGAACAUGGACAGGCCAGCAGUCAGCGAACAAGGCAGCCAGAACUAGAGCCUUGACCUCAUCAUCCUGUUUUAUUUCCCUUUUUUUCCUUUCAUCUACUCCAAGGUGCCAAAAGGAGAAGAUUAUAAGUCAAACCAUCUUUGAACUUUGGAAUGUGUUACCUACCACCCAACGGGUUUAAAAAAAAAAAUAGAUGCAAAAAGUCAAGAAAAAAAAGGCAAAAUGAAAGUAAAGGUGCCCCUGUGAGGACAUUGAAGCAAAAAUUAAAUAAAAAAAAAAAAAAAACAAAAAAACACAGGAAGCCUUGAGAAAAAAAAAACUAACUUAGGAGUCAAGAUCAAAGUGAACAUCCAGACUGAGGCCCACGUCGCCAGGCUGUGCUGCACCUCCGUCUCGACUACCUCAGCGCAGACUGGGGCCGGGGAGUGCUGCAGGACGGCAGCCGGGCAGGCCGCUAAGCUGACCUCUCAGACUCUGGACAAAUGAAAUGAGCCCACAGCAGUGUAACAGCAGCAUGACUAGCGCUUAGUGUAAAUCAGAUUUUAAAAACAAAUAGUGUGUAUUCCAUAAAGGGAACAAAACGUGUGGAGCCAUUUCCUGUACCUUGGCAGCUAGCCUUCAUGUGACCUACCUAAUGCAGUUGUUAGUAGAUAUGCAGUAUUUUGUUGUUCAUGUGGAACUUAGAAUCUUUAUUUGGGUGUAUUUUCAUUUAUGUAUGCGCAAAAAUCCGACAAAAAAGAAAAAACGAGCAAAUACAAAUUGUGGGGUCAUCAACAUUUCCAAUCACUCCACCUGUACUUUGG